AUGGUCGCUGGCUUCAUCUUCCGCCUCCUGCAUCUGACCCCGACCGUAACACGAGGCCAAGAAACACGCGCAUGCCCGUCUUGCACGAGGAUUCGCAUCGAGCUAGAGGCCAAACUAAACGCAGCAGAAAGAGACUCUCGGAGGAAGGAGCAAGAGCUCAGGGAUGCUCUGGAGGCAAGGAAAGGGUUGGAGAAGGAGUUGGCGCGGCGGGACGUGGUGAUGCAGCAGACGAAGUCGGAAUGCGAUACGAGGAGAGUCACGAUCGCGGGAUUGGAGACCAGGUUACGGAACAGCGGCAGCGAUCUCGCCGCUACUCGACGGGACCUUCAGAAUGCCAACGCUACCGUGAGCCAUCAUGCACAGACCAUUUCCCAAUUACAGACGCAAUGCCAAGUCCUUUCAAAAGAGCACGACCAAACGAAAUCGCUGUUGGACACGAGGACAAGGGAGCUCACAGUCGCGGAGAAGUUCUUGACGAAGCACGAUACGUCGACGAACAAAGAGAUAGUGGAGAAGAUGGAAGGGUUGAACUACGAUGUCGCUCAGAUAGCUAUGAGCCUCGUAGACCAUAUGUUGGGGGAGACGCGGUCGCCAGAGGUCGAGGGGGUUGCAGAUAGCGACGACGAAAUUGUUGAGGCCAUCCAACUUGCGAGGUCGUGGUUCGGAACGACCGCUACCGAGGCCUUGCAACGCACUCGCCACGCUGACGACUCCCUUCUCCUUGAAAUUUUCGUCCAGUCCUGUUUGAUUCAGUUCGCAGCAGCAGCCGUCGUGCAGUGGCACUUUGGGAGAGAUUAUGCGAGUGCUGAGUCGUUGGGGAGGAUCUUUCACUCUCUGAAGGAUGCUGAGCCCGCCGCGGUAUCUGGGCAAUGGAAGAUCCUUACGCGACGCCACGCUCGACUCGCUUUUGAAUACGACGUUGACCCGCCGGUCGCACUCGUUUCAAGGGCACUCGACAUCCUUGCGACCGUUCUCCUUGUGGCAGGGCUUGGACGAUCUCGAAUGUCUAUGAUGAAGGCAACAUCGGAGUGCGUUGGAGAUAGAGUACAGCAGUUCGUCCAAGUUUGUCUCCAACUCAACGACGCUGUGGGAGACGGCACGGUUUCAGCGGUGAUGUCGCCGAUAUGGGUCGCGGCCGAAGAAAAGUGGGAUGGACAGAGGAUGGAGGUGGUUAAUAGCGGUCAAGAUGAUUCUGAGAGACCAGUCGGGGAAUACGGCGAGGAAUUCGUCCUGUGUACGACUGGCCUAGGUCUGUUGAGGGAGGAGCGUAAGGAGGAUGGGAAGAAAAAGGAACGCAUAUUGAUGAAAGCGAAGGUGGCAAUGUGGAGCGUGUUGGACCCAUUUUCGGCGGCAUAG